AUGGAGGGUACGGAAUAUUCUUCUAAUUUCAGUUGUUCUCCUCCCCCUCCCACUUCCCUUGCCGACUGCAUCAGUAAAAUUGUAAUAUUUACGUUCAUGUCAAUACUUAUCCUCUUUGGAAAUGGAUUAGUUGUGUGGAUUGUGCUUACAACUAAACGUAUGCGAACAGUCACGAAUUAUUUCCUUGUGAACCUUUCGCUUGGAGAUAUGCUUUCCGUGUUUCAGAUUAUUCCAAACGUUUAUGUAAAUAUCGCAAAUGACUGGCCAUUUGGAUUAGCUUACUGUCGGUUCUCCCAAUUCUUCACAGCUUUCAGCAUUGCACUGAGUGUUCUUACCUUCACCGGCCUAACAGCUGAUAGGUACAUUGCAAUCAAGUAUCCACUGAGACCACGGUCAAAACCCUCCACAAUUUUAUGCAUAAUUGGCUGCAUCUGGGUCGUGUCUUUUUUGAUAGGCCUUCCCGCCUUAAUUGCAUCACAUAUUGAAGUGCAUACACCGUGUUCGUCUUAUGAAAACAGUACAACGACAUCGACUCAGCACUUGAACUCCACAGAUGAACCAGAUUAUCAACUCAGUUGUAUUCUGAAUUGGACUGAUGAAUCGGGUCUCGCGUAA